UCUUGCUCUCUUCCUCUUUUCUUCUACUAGCUACUUCCUCCUCAUGUUCUCUCUCCCUCCUCCGUACUACAAUAGUGCUAAAAGAAUUGAUCAUGUUCUUCUUCGUGUGCCAUGUUAGUUGCACUACGAAACCAAGAAAAGACCAGCUAUAGCUAAGCUUCCGGGGCCGUGCAACUGGAUCGAGAUGGAGCAUGACGUGCAGCAGGAGCAGCAGCAGGAACCCAUGGAGCUUCCGCCGGGCUUCCGUUUUCACCCGACCGACGAGGAGCUCAUCACGCACUACCUCGCCCGGAAGACAGCCGACCCCAGAUUCGCCCCCCUCGCCGUCGGCGAGGCCGACCUCAACAAGUGCGAGCCGUGGGACCUGCCAUCUCGGGCAACGAUGGGGGAGAAGGAGUGGUACUUCUUCGUGGUGAAGGACCGCAAGUACCCGACGGGGACGAGGACGAACAGGGCGACGGAAUCUGGGUACUGGAAGGCGACGGGCAAGGACAGGGAGAUCCUGAGGGGAAGGUCUCUCGUCGGCAUGAAGAAAACGCUCGUCUUCUACACGGGGAGGGCCCCCAGGGGCGGCAAGACCGGCUGGGUCAUGCACGAGUACCGCCUCGAGGGCAAGCACGCCGCCGUGCCCUACAGCCUCCCCAGGGCUGCCACGUCCAAGGACGAGUGGGUGCUGUGCAGGGUGUUCAAGAAGAGCCUGGAGCUGCCGGUUGCCAGCAACGGCAAGAAAGGCACGUCGUACACGGGGACGGCGGACGUCGUGGCAGGAUCCUCCAUGUCCAUGGCCGGCGUCGGCCUCGCGUCUUGCGUCCUGCCUCCGCUGAUAGACGUGGCGGCCGGCAGCGGCGGCGGCAGCACCUUCGCGCCACCAACACCGUCACACGUGGCCUGCUUCUCCAACGCGCUGGAGGGCCAGUUCCUGCACCCGCCGUUCCUGCUCCCCUCCGCCCCCGCGACGACGAACGCGCCGCAGCGCGCCGCCGAUCACCUCGCCAUGGACCCCGCCUCGCCGUUCAUGGCGAGCGCGCAGAUGCAGUACGCGCAGGAAGCCGCGGGCGGCAUGGUGCAGGAGCUCCUGCAUGGCGGCGGAGGCAGCGUCUGGUACCCCAAGGGCGAGAGGGAGAGGCUGAGCGGCGGCGGCGCCUCGCAGGACACCGGCCUCACCUCGGAGGUGAACCCCGCCGAGAUCUCCUCGUCGCGGCAACACAUGGAUCAUGAGGCGAACUUUUGGGGAUAUUGACAUCUUCUUGAUCAUCGCAGCUGCAUUAGCUAUUGAUUAGUCAUUGGAUUAGUGGUAUGAAAAUUGUAUUGUGUAUGGGUAUAUGGAUACACCAAAGCGAAGAGAAAAUACGAGAAAAGUUUGUGUGUUGUAGAUUUGAUAAUUCUGUGAUGUAUUAUCUGGGUAAAUGGAUGCUGUGUUGUUUGUAAGAUUAAUUUCUUCUUCUUGUAAUAUACGUGGAUCCUAUAGCGACCAGCGAAAAAUGGAAAACAAGAACUAGAAAGACGGUUUUGCCUU